GCCAGUACAGAGCAAAGGCGCGACCUGUCCCAGAGCCCGGGGCUGCAAAGUUUCAGUUUCGUUUCCCAGGAGGUCCCUCCCUGUUCCUUGUAGAGCUACCUUCUUUCUUUCUCUGCGAUCUCCUAGGGCCUUUGCCCAGGACAGACACGUGCACCAACAUCUGAAACAGAUACCCUGCUGUCGGGUUGCAGGAACCUUACAAGUCUUUCUUCUGUGAAAACAACACUGCCCUCUGGCGGCACGGCGGACCUUUUCCCUGCAGUAGAAAUAGACCACCAUCUCUAGGAUCGACAGACUACACUUGGAAACACAAAACCGUAUAAAGGGCUAAAGACCCACGUGGGACCUGAAGGAUGGCCUUUUACAUGGGUUCUGGAGCAGCAGCUUACACCGAAAGACCAGCCAGCAGUCCUUUUGCAGGACACAACAGAUGGCAAAUUCCCGUUAAGCACAAUGCCUUCAAAAUUUUAAAAAGGAAUGAGGGUCAGCUGUGUGAAGUCCUCCAGAAUAAGUUUGGGUGUAUCUCUGCCCUGAGCUGUCCGACUGUAGCAGGAAACAGCGCUUCUGCUCAGCAGGUCUUCAGAAGGAGGCUGGCCCCUGGGAUAGAGUUAUCUGUCUGGAAGGAUGACCUCACUAGACAUGUUGUUGAUGCUGUGGUGAACGCAGCCAAUGAGGAACUUUUGCAUGGAGGUGGCUUGGCUGGAAGUCUGGUGAAAGCUGGUGGCCUUGAAAUCCAAGAAGAGAGCAGAAGAUUCAUUGCCACCUAUGGGAAAGUUCCAACUGGUCACAUAGCUGUCACAAAAGCAGGGAGGCUUCCUUGCAAUUGUAUUAUCCAUGCUGUCGGGCCUCGGUGGACAGGCAGCCAGACAGCUAUUGAACUUCUGAGAUGUGCCAUUAAGAACAUCCUAGACUAUGUCUGCUUACCAAAUACACACAUUGAGACUGUAGCAAUUCCAGCCCUGAGCUCUGGAAUUUUCCAGUUUCCUCUGGAUUUGUGUACACGCACAAUUUUAGAAACUAUCUGGCUUUAUUUCCAAGGGAAACAACUGAUCAGUGAUUUGAAAGAGAUUCAUUUGGUGAGCAAUGAAGACCGCACUGUUGCAUCCUUUAAAGAUGCAGCGGAAAACAUCUUGGGGAAGGAACUGAGCCCCUGGGAGAGUCCAGGAACUACCCCUUCUUCCAAUGCGACACUUCAAAUUGGCCAGGGUCUGACUCUCCAGAUUGUCCAAGAUUGUAUUGAACUUCAAACAACAGAUGUCAUUGUUAAUUCUGGAUACAAAUUCAAUCUUAAAAGUGGACGUGUGUCACAGUCAAUUAUUAAACAAGCAGGACUUGAAAUGGAAAGGGAACUUGACAAGAUUAAUCUGUCUUCAAAUUACCAGUUGGUACUGGUCACAAAAGGAUUUAAAUUGUCCUGUCGGUAUGUGUUCCAUGUGGUAUGGGAAUUUGAAAGAAAACACCAGAUAUUGAAAGAUGCAAUGAAGAGCUGUCUGGAAAAAUGCCUCUCAUCAGAUAUAAAUUCCAUUUCUUUUCCUGCCCUUGGGACAGGACUGAUUGAGAUAGAGAAGAGUAUAGCAGCCAAGAUAAUGUUAGAUGAAAUUUUAGCAUUUGCCAAGAAGCAUGUGAAGAAAACCCUGACUGUAAGGAUUGUGAUCUUUCCAGCGGACGUGGAGACAUACACGGACUUUUGUGCUGAAAUGAUGAAGAGGUCCAAUGAGCUGAGUCUCAGCAGUAACAGUGUUGUUCCAGUUCCCCAGAGGACCAGAGGGGAGCAAAGAAGUGGACUUGAAGCUGAAUCCCCUGCCAUCAAUCUGAUGGGUAUAAAUGUGGAAGAGAUGUGUGAGGCCAAAGAGUGGAUUGAAAGGCUGCUGACUUCUGAGGACCACCACAUUAUUGAGAAUAAUCAUAUUCUCUACCUUGGGAAGAAAGAGCAUGACAAGCUGUCUCAGCUGCAGACAGCCUUAGGUGUCUCCAUUUCAGAGACUGUCAGUCCCCUGAAGGCAACGCUAGAGAUUAGAGGUAUCCAAGCUGACCUCAUUGAAGCAGUAAUGAAUAUUGAAUGUAUGCUGUGUGGAGUUCAGGAAGAAGUGGCAAGAAAACAGGAGAAAAGGCUUUUUGACUUGUUGGGACAGUGGACCGAUGAGCAAGGAAAACUGGAUGAAAUGGAAAACUCUCACACAUAUCUUCGUUACCCAGCAACUUUAACUCAGGAACUUGAGGACCGAAAGAGACAGUUUGACAAGUGUGGCUUGUGGGUUGUGAAGGUGGAGCAGAUAGACAAUAAUGCGCUCAUGGCUGCCUUCCAAGAGAAGAAGAAGAUGAUGGAAGGGAGAACGUCGAGAGGACCAGGGAGUCAAAAGUUGUUUCUGCAGGUCCCACAUCAGUUUUGCAAUGUGGUGUGCAAAGUUGGCUUUCACAGACUGUACUCAACACCUCCAGACCCAGUUUAUGGAACCGGCAUACAUUUCACCAAGAACCUCAAAAAACUAGCAGACAAGGUCAAGAAGACCUCUAGCACAGACAGACUAAUCUAUGUGUUUGAGGCGGAAGUGCUCACAGGCUCCUUCUGUCAGGGCAAUAACUUAAAUAUUACCCCACCGCCGUUGAGUCCCGGGGCCUUAGAUGUUCAUGACAGCGUGGUUGACAAUGUUUCUAAACCUGAAACCAUUGUCGUUUUUAAUGGCAUGCAGGCAGUGCCCCAGUAUUUGUGGAUUUGUACACAGGAUUGGACACUGUCACAGCACCAAAUGUGGGGACAGGACUACUCAUCAGGUCUAGCGAUGGCCUCUUCACCACACUCCUGGUAGGAGGUCUCAUAUGGCAGCACUGAUUAGUCUGUAUAUCAUUAUAACAACCAGUAGGGUUUGGGUGAAUUGACAAAACAAUGACUGUCAGUGACUUGGAGAGUGGCUUAAACAUAACAAAUUAUCUGCUCAGAAUGACUGGGUUACUAAAGGCAACAACCACAUACUAGUGUCUUACUGCCUUCUUUACCAGUGGGCUUGGGGUGGAUAGAUGACAGCUAAAACUUAUUCCUGACUCUCUCUUCUCCUUGAAAUCCUUCAUCUCCUUUCCUAGGCAACAGCAAGAAUAUUUUACAUGUAACUAAAUACCCUUUUCUAGUAAGUAAAACCAACUAAAAAGGUGAUAGUAUAAAAUAGGACAACGGAAUAAUCUUAGGUUUCUAUAUAAUUUUGUAAAGUGCUUUGGAUAUUCAAAUAAAUCACUUUUGUGAGUAA